AUGCUCAAGCCUUAUCUAUCUAUCUAUCUAUCUAUCUAUCUAUCUAUCUAUCUAUCUAUCUGUUUACAUCUACUCUUAUCUAUCUAUAUUACCCAUCUGCUUUUAAUUAAUUCUCCCAAUCUUCUCUUAUCUAUCUAUCUAUCUAUCUAUCUAUCUAUCUAUCUAUCUAUCUAUCUAUCUAUCUGUCUGUCUGUUUACAUCUACUCUUAUCUAUCUACCUGUACCCAUCUGCUUAAAAUUAAUUCUCGCAAUCUGCUCUUAUCUAUCUAUCUAUCUAUCUAUCUAUCUAUCUAUCUAUCUAUCUAUCUAUCUACAUCUGCACAUCUGUUUACGUAUCUAUCUUCAUCUACUCUUAUCUAUCUAUCUAUCUAUCUAUCUAUCUAUCUAUCUAUCUAUCUAUCUAUCUAUCUACAUCUACUCAUAUCUAUCGAAAUAUCUACAUCUGCUAUUAUAUAUCUAUAUAUUUAUGUAUCUAUCUAUUGA